AUUAAUAUCUAUAAAUAUGUGUUUUAAAAAUCCCUAAAUUGUAGAUUAUUUUGAAAUUUUUAAAGAAUUCGACUAUCUAAUCGAAGUGUUAAAAGGAUCUACAUUUAAAAUGUAAGACACUUCGAUAUAUUUACUGAUCUUGUUAGGCUUUGUACUCUUGUUGAUCUCUCAUUUCUUUUCAUAAUAUUGAGAGAAAUUUUUUUGUGGUAUUCGAGUUUUUAUUUUUGUUAACCCGGCACAAGCUAAGAAUCUGUUCUGGAGCAUACGCCGGAAAUCAAACCUCAUUCCUUCCUUCCUUCCUUGAGAGAAAUUUUUGGAAAACAUUUUAGAUUUUCAUCGACUGUUAAUAAAGAGAGAAUAAAGGUAUCCAUAAUAAUCAAAUACAUAUAAGUUUUUUCAAAAGAUGGCUGAUUUUGUGGAAAGUGAAGCUGAAGAAUCGGAAGAUGAAAUCAUAAACAAAAAACGUAAAGUACAGGAUGAUGAUGAAGAUGAUGAGGAGGAAGAGGAAGAUGAUGAUGAGAAACUAAGAGAAGAAAUGAAGGAUUUGAUUAAUGAUGAUGAAGAAGAAGAAGAGGAAGAUGAUAAAGAUGAUGACUCGGAUGAUGAAAUUGGUCGGAAAAGAAAAAAACGGCAUGAAGAUUAUGAUGAUGGUUUAGAAGACGAAGAUUAUGAUUUGUUAGAAGAAAAUUUGGGAGUAAAAGUUCAAAGGAAGAAAAAAUUCAAACGUUUGAGACGUAUUGAAGAUGAAGAAAGUGAUAAUGAAGCAGAUGAAGAUCGAGAAGUUGAUGACAGAGAAGCCAUUGCUAAUGAAUUAUUUGAAGGUGAUGAUGCGGGUGAAGAUGAUGAAGGAUCACGGUUACCUACUUAUGACACUCAAGAUGUGUUAGAAGAAUCUGAAGGGGAGUCAGAUGAAUCCGAUUUUAUUGUUGAUGACGAUGGGCAACCAAUAUCUAAAGGAAAAAAGAAAAGACAUAUCAAAUAUAAUGAUGCAGCUUUACAAGAGGCUCAAGAAAUUUUUGGUGUUGAUUUUGAUUAUAAAGAUUUUGAACAAGAAGAAGAUGAAUAUGAAGAGGAUGAAAUGGAAGAAGAUUAUGAAGAGGAGGAAGAAGAAGAAGGUGGCGAAGCUAGACCAAGAAAGAAGAAAGGAUCUCGUAAAUAUGGAACAAAGAAGAGUAUUUUUGAGGUUUUUGAACCUAUUGAAAUUGAAAGAAGUCAUCUUACUGAUUUGGACACUGAUAUUAGGCUUGCUGAUUUACCUGAAAGAUUUCAAUUGCGAGGUGUUCCUGUUACUGAAGCUGAGGAUAGUGAGAUAGCUGAAGAAGCAGAAUGGAUCUAUAAACAAGUGUUUAGUGUUAAUACUAUUUCUAUACAAGAAUCGGAACAUUCAAUGACAAACUCUGAUGAAGAACGUCCUCCUGUGGUGGGUCAUCAGCCCAUUGGUGGGCGUAAAGAAAUAACAGCUAUUCCAAAAAUUAGAGAAGCUUUAAAAUUUAUUCGAAAUCAGCAGUUUGAGGUGCCAUUUAUUGCUUUCUAUAGAAAAGAAUAUGUAGAGCCAGAUUUAAAUAUUAAUGAUCUAUGGACAGUUUAUAAAUGGGAUGAAAAGUGGUGCCAGUUAAAGAAUAGGAAGAAUAACCUGGUAAAACUGUUUGAAAAUAUGAUGACAUAUCAGGGUGAUGUUGUAAUGGCUGAUCCAGAUAAACCUUUGCCCGAAGGCAUGCGUGCACUACAACAAUCUGACAUUGACAGGCUGAAAAGUGCACAAACUUUUGAAGAAGUUCAAGAUUGCUAUAAUCACUUCAUGCUAUAUUAUGGCCAUGAUGUACCUGCAAUGAAAGAAUCACUGAAGAAAAAAGCACAAAAAGAAAAAGAGCUAGAAAGUACUGAAAAAGAAGCAGAUGAUGAAGAUAAAGAAGCUGAAAGCACUAAAGUCAAGCAUAUGCCCCAUAGAAAUGCGUAUGCUGUUUGCAAAGAAGCUGGUUUAGAUCAAUUGGCUGCUAAAUUUGGUCUUACUGCCGAGCAAUUUGCUGAGAAUUUACGUGACAAUUAUCAAAAACAUGAAGUUUUACAAUAUCCAAUAGAACCAAAAGAAGUUGCAUCAGAAUUCAUGUGCAAGCGUUUUCCAACUUCUGAAGACUGCCUGAAAGCUGCAAAAUAUAUGGUUGCAACACAAAUUGCCAGAGAACCUGCUGUCCGAAAGUGCAUCAGACAGACUUAUUUUGAGAGAGCUAAAUUAACUGUCAAGCCUACUAAAAAGGGUCUUAAGGACAUUGAUGAAAAUCACCCAUGUUAUAGUAUGAAGUAUUUAAAAAAUAAACCUGUCAUGGAUUUGAAAGGGGAUCAGUUUCUGAAGCUAUGGAUGGCUGAGAGAGAUGGUUUCCUUACGAUUGAAAUUAAUAUGGAUAAACAAGUUGGCAAAGAUAACCACCAUGUUUACUUGGAUGAAAUCAAGCAAUUAUAUGAACGUGAUGAAUUCAGUAAAAAUGUUCAGGAAUGGAACAAUGUUAGAACUGAAACUUUAGAAAUGGCUUUAACUAAAAUUUUGUAUCCAACGUUUGAGAAAGAAUUGAGGUUACGUCUGUUAAAUGAAGCUAAGGAAGGUGUAAUUAAGGCUUGCUGUAGAAAGCUGUACAAUUGGCUGAAAGUUGCUCCAUAUCAAGUAGAUCCACAGAUUGAAGAAGAGGAUGAUUUUGAUACUCGAGAAGGUGUUCGAGUACUUUCAAUAGCUUAUUCUCCUGAAAGGGAUGUACCUGCCUUUUGUGCAUUACUGGAUGGAGAUGGUGAAGUUGUUGAAUAUUUGCGUUUGCCACAUUUACUGAAAAGAAGAAAUGCUUGGAAAGAGGAAGAUAGAUUAAAUAAGGAAAAAGAUCUGAAUUCUUUGAGAAAUAUGAUCUUGAAUAAAAAACCUCAUGUUGUUGCUGUCGCUGGGGAAUCAAGGGAGGCUUUGAUGGUAGUAGAUGAUGUGAAAACUAUUAUAAAUGAUUUAAUAGAUAGUGAAGGUUUCCCCCCUAUUGCUGUUGAAUUAAUGGAUAAUGAAUUAGGUGUAUUAUAUAUGAAUUCUGCUAAGGGAGAGAAUGACUUCCGAGAUUAUCCUCAUCUGUUGAGGCAAGCUAUAUCGAAUGGACGUCGGCUACAAGAUCCUCUUAUUGAAUUUUCUCAGUUAUGUAAUCCAGAUGAGGAUAUAUUAUGCUUAAAAUAUCAUCCUUUGCAAAGUGAAGUCAACAAAGAUGAUUUGCUCAAUGCUCUUUAUUUGGAAUUUGUUAACAGAACCAAUGAAGUUGGUGUUGAUUUUAACAGAGCUGUUCAGUUUCCUCAUACUUCUAAUUUAGUUCAAUUUGUGUGUGGUCUAGGUCCUCGAAAAGCAUCAUCCUUAAUAAAGAUACUUAAAGCUUCCAAUAAACAGUUGGAAAACCGAGCUAUGUUGGUCACAUUUUGUAAAAUUGGACCAAAAGUGUUUAUUAAUUGUGCAGGAUUUAUCAAAAUUGAUACUGCUUCUUUGGUUGAUAGUACUGAAACCUAUAUUGAAGUUUUGGAUGGUUCACGUGUUCACCCAGAAGUUUAUGAAUGGGCUCGCAAAAUGGCUGUAGAUGCUCUUGAGUAUGAUGAUACAUCAGAUGAUGCAAAUCCUGCUGGUGCUUUAGAAGAAAUUUUGGAAAAUCCUGAAAAAUUGAAGGACCUGGACUUGGAUGCAUUUGCUGAGGAAUUGGAUCGACAAGGUUAUGGAAACAAGGGUAUCACCUUAUAUGACAUUAGAGCUGAAUUAAAUCAUAAAUACAAAGAUUUGAGAACACCUUACAGGUCACCAAAUGCCGAAGAAGUUUUUAAUAUGCUGACAAAAGAAGUUCCAGAGACAUUCUAUAUUGGCAAAAUGGUUUUAGUAGCAGUUACUGGCUUUGCUCGAAGGAAAGCUAGAAAAGAUCAGCUGGAAAAUGCUAAUCCUAUUCGUCAUGAUGAAACAGGACUUUGGCAGUGCCCAUUUUGCUUAAAAAAAGAUUUCCCAGAACUGAGUGAUGUUUGGAGUCAUUUUGAUAAUGAAAGCUGUCCUGGUCAAGCUAUGGGUGUGAAAGUCAGACUUGAUAAUGGAAUUUCAGGUUUCAUACCUACAAAAAUGAUUAGUGAUAAACAUAUUACAAAUGCAGAAGAUAGAUGUAAAAUUGGAAUGACUCUUCACGCUAGGAUAACGAAAAUUGAUAUUGAAAGAUUUCAAGUUGAUUUAACAUCUAGGUCCUCAGAUCUGGCAGACAAGAAUAAUGAAUGGAGGCCACCAAAAGAUGUAUAUUAUGAUUAUGAAGCAGAAGAGAGAGAUAUGAAAGCAGCAGAUAACAAUGCCAAAAAACAGAAUCGCCAAGUGUACCUUAAGAGGGUUAUAGUUCAUCCAUCUUUUAAGAAUGUCAGUUUCAAAGAGGCAGAGAAACUGCUUGAAACAAUGGACCAAGGAGAUGUCAUAAUAAGGCCAAGCAGCAAAGGCACCAAUCAUUUAACUGUAACAUGGAAAGUUACAGAUGGAAUAAAUAAUCAUAUUGAUGUAAAAGAAGAAGGCAAAGAAAAUGAUUUCAGCCUUGGUCAUUCAUUAAUAAUUGGAGAUGAGUCUUUUGAAGACUUGGAUGAAAUCAUCGCUAGGCAUAUUCAACCCAUGGCUGGAUAUGCUAGAGAUCUAUUGAACUUUAGAUACUGUGUUAAUGCUGAUGGUGGUAAGAGGAAAGAAAUGGAGAAAUUACUGUUCAAUGAAAGAAAGAAAAAUCAAAGUAAAAUUCAUUACUUUGUGGCUGCAUCUGCAGAAUUUCCUGGAAAAUUCAUACUCUCCUAUUUGCCUCGUACUACAGUUCGACAUGAAAUGAUUAGUGUCACACCUGAAGGUUUAAAAUACAGGAAUAGAAUUUUCCGAUCUGUUAAUUCAUUGUUUCGUUGGUUUAAAGAACAUUUUAGAGAUCCCACACCUGGGACACCAUCGAUGUCUGUUAGGACACCAAUGGGACAAUCUUCAUAUAUUGGAAAUACUCCCAGCAUUAAUCUUGCUACUUUGGAUCCACAAGCUAUUCAAAGAGCUGCUGCCAAUUUGCCAAGUCAUGUGUUCAGUGCUUUAUCUCAAGUGGCUGGUCAGACUCCUGGAGCGUUUCAAGGUGCUAAUGCUUAUGGUCCUGGUUAUAGUGGUGGUUUCAACUAUCAACCUUAUACUCCUUCUCAACCCGUGGCUACUCCUAUGGCCAUUACACCAUCUUAUCAUGCAGUUCCAACUCCAGCUCAUUCUCAAGUGCCGACACCAAGGUAUUCUCAGACACCUCAGCAAAACUGGAAUCAUCCAGCAGCACAGACUCCAUCUCGCUCAACACCAAAAAGUGCUGGUGUUACUACGCAAGACUGGAAAAGAAUGGCUGAACAGUGGGCCAAGAAAAGCCAGGAAUCCAUGAAUAGAGGUCAGAGUACUCCAAGGACACCGAUGAGAGGAUCACCUAGUCCAAUGGUGAUUGAAUCAACACCUGCAGAUGCCACACCUCUUAUUGAUGAAUUUUAG